GCUCGCUCAGAUUUGACGAGUAGGCGUGAGCCAAAGCCAAGGCCCUUGGUGCCCUAGGCCCGUCAGCAACUCAUCCAUCACCUUCACAGGAACACCUACCCAAAAACGCCAGAAGACAAAUCCCAUCCGCAACCACAGAAUCCUUUGCCCACGUGGCACCAUCUCCUCCCUUUAUUUACCCCAAGCGCAACUCACCUGUCACGCCUAGUCCCCCAUCUACCCCAAGCGCAACUGCAAGCUUCCGCCACCACCCCCACUCCCCCACCCGAGAGCAGAAGCCCGGACGCCAUGCCCCCCACGCCCACCACCGCCACCGGCGGCGCCGUGGCACCUGCAGCGGCGGACCAUACGGCGUCCCGCUUCGUCAACCACCGCCGCUUCGUCCGCGCCAACCCGCACACCGACCGCUUCCGCGCGCUCGCGUUCCACCACGUCGAGCUCUGGUGCGCCGACGCGGCCUCCGCCGCGGGCCGCUUCUCCUUCGCGCUCGGCGCGCCGCUCGGCGCGCGGUCCGACUUCUCCACGGGGAACUCCGCGCACGCGUCCCUCCUGCUCCGCUCGGGCUCGCUCGCGUUCCUCUUCACGGCGCCCUACGCGCACGGCGCCGACGCCGCCACCGCUUCCCUUCCCUCCUUCUCCGCCGACGCCGCGCGGCGCUUCGCCGCGGAGCAUGGACUCGCGGUGCGCGCCGUCGCGCUCCGCGUCGCCGACGCCGAGGACGCCUUCCGCGCCAGCGUCGCUGCCGGCGCGCGCCCGGCGUUCGAGCCCGUCGAGCUCGGCCUCGGCUUCCGCCUCGCCGAGGUCGAGCUCUACGGCGAUGUCGUGCUCCGCUACGUGAGCUACCGGGACGCCACGGACGCGCCCUUCUUGCCGGGCUUCGAGGACGUGAGCAGCCCGGGGGCGCUGGACUACGGGCUGCGGCGGUUCGACCACAUCGUCGGCAACGUACCGGAGCUGGCUCCGGUGGCCGCCUACGUCGCCGGGUUCACGGGGUUCCACGAGUUCGCCGAGUUCACGGCCGAGGACGUAGGCACGGCGGAGAGCGGGCUCAACUCGGUGGUGCUCGCCAACAACUCGGAGACAGUGCUGCUCCCGCUCAACGAGCCGGUGCACGGCACCAAGCGCCGUAGCCAGAUACAGACGUACCUGGACCACCACGGCGGCCCGGGAGUGCAGCACAUCGCGCUGGCCAGCGACGACGUGCUCAGGACGCUGAGGGAGAUGCGGGCGCGCUCCGCUAUGGGCGGGUUCGAGUUCUUGGCGCCUCCACCGUCGAACUACUACGACGGCGUGAAGCGCCGCGCCGGGGACGUGCUCUCGGAGGCGCAGAUUAAGGAGUGCCAAGAACUGGGGGUGCUGGUGGACAGGGAUGACCAGGGGUUGUUGCUCCAAAUCUUCACCAAGCCAGUGGGAGACAGGCCAACGCUGUUCUUGGAGAUAAUCCAAAGGAUCGGGUGCAUGGAGAAGGAUGAGAAGGGGCAAGACUACCAGAAGGGCGGCUGUGGUGGGUUCGGCAAGGGCAACUUCUCCGAGCUGUUCAAGUCAAUCGAGGAGUAUGAGAAAUCCCUUGAAGCCAAGCAAGCUGCUGUAGUCCAGCAAUCCUAGGAUAGGUGCUGGAGCAAGAGCAAUAGAUGUAGUACUUUGUAUUAUGGGGCAAACGAAACGGAUAUGCUUUGAAAUGCUGAUGUUAUAAUCGUUGAAUAUGAUAUGAUCAGUGUAAUACAUGGUAAAGAGGGCAGACACCAGAAUACUAAUGAUGCAUUGUUGGCAUCGGUGGUGUACAAGUUUGCUUGAAAAUAAAAUAAGAAUCAGCAUAAUAGAAAUGAGGAAUAUGUCCCUGGGACGCUUGUAAUCACCUGAUGCUAUUUUUGUUCAACAAAAGGCAGUGAAACUUUACUUCCUCC